AUAGCGCCUGAUAUCGAUGCCAUUGUGACGAGCCAUGGAUAUUCAGUUGCACCGCCUGGACCUCCUACAGUGUGGUGCCUUGCAGCCCGGCACCUUGGAAGUCCUCCCUGUGGGCAAAAAGAAACAGCAAAAGAUCGCAGUAGGUGAUGACACUGGAAUUCUCCAAGUCUUCUAUCUGAAAAAGGGCGAGGUUCAGUACGAAUGGAAAUCGCCCCCCUUGGGUCGCGAGAUCAGUAGUGUGGUGAUGCAAAUGGCCAAAGACAAGAUCUUCGUUGGAUGUGGUCAGUCCAUUCACGGUUUCACCCGAAAAGGAAAAGAGUUUGUGAAGAUCAAGACUAACCUAACGGAGACCAUCAAUCACCUCUUUGUCGAGGAGAACAUGAUUUGGACUGGAGGUGAAUACAUCCUGAAUAUCUAUGACAACUGCAAGGACUUUGGCUUCGUGAUGAUUAAGGAUCGGAUCAAUGACUUGACCUGUGCACCCAUCUAUCCAGGAGAGAUCCUGAGCACAGUGGUUGCGUGCCAGGACAAGUGCUUGCGGGUCUUCCAGGGUGAAAAAGCCUUCCACGAGUUCGCCGUGGAAGGAAGUGCCACUGCCAUUGGUUUCCAUGGUCUGAAUCCAGUGGACAACCCCACACAUCACGUGGGGGAUCCGGUCCAAAUGAUAUAUGGCACAGAGCAAGGUGUUGUUGGUCUUUGCAGCCUGGAUGCCAAGUCCAUGAGACGCACCGGUGGUUUGUCGGACCGCCAGAACAGGCCAGGGGCCGGUAGUAGCCGGCGAGCACGUGUGUGUUGCCUACACACUGCUGAUAUCUCCAAAAGCGGUGCCCUGGAUUUGUUGGUUGGCCGAGACGAUGGCACUCUGGAGCUUUGGGGUCUGGGGGAUGCGGCCCUGGCAGCUCAACGCCUGGACCAGGCACCGACCCCGCUGUGGGAGACUUGCCUGCAGGAGAGCAUUCGAUCCCUGGGCUCAGGCCACGUCACCGGGGGCGACUUCGUGGAAGUUGUCUUGGCCACCUACGGCGGCAAGGUGCUGGCCUUCACCCCAAGCUCCGCAGCCAAAGAUCCCACAGGGACGCAGAUGGCCCAGCAGGAGGAGAAGGCAGAGGCUGGCACAUCCUUGAUGACCAGAAUGGUCAAAGGACAUAAAUCGUCAGAUUUGGAGCAAGCAGAAAUCAAGCAGGAGCGAGCACGUCGCUUCCAAGCCUUGGAACAGGAGGUGGCCAGACUCAAGGCUGAGACUGAUAAGGCCAGAAAGGACUAUCAAAAUUUGUCCUCAGAGCAGAUUGCAAUGCAGACCACCACCAAGGUCUCGCAUCGAUUUGGACUCACAAGUGAGGAAGCCUGCUACAUUCUGACCAUCGAAUCCCAGGCAGCCAUUGAACUCAUUGCGCUUAGAGCUGACGUGGAAGUGGACCUCUUGGAUCACAGUGGCACCAGCGCCAUUCUUUCCAGAUCCAGAGGUGAUCCACAAAAUCCAUUGCUGGCAUACUACAGGAUGCAAGAAGAGGGCAGUCGAUUUCAGAUCCGCCUCCGUACAGUGGAGGGCCUCAGUGGCACACUCUCCGCUUUUGUGGUUCCUGCAACUCAGCCAAAGACCGCUCAUCUCAUCAGUGUCUCCAUCAAGCCCCUGGCACUACAUGAGAAGACCCCUGAUGUCUCUCCAGACAUCCCCAUGAACGAGUUGCGGCUCAGCGGGCCCUUUACAGUCACGGACAUGCACAGCUGGUUGGCUCAGUGUGUCAAUGAGUUGCCGUCCAGACCUACAGAUGAUGAGAUGGUCAUUUGCUACAGGAGCACCUUUGUUGGGACUCAGCUCUAUGGGAGGUACUCCAAGGGCACUGCAAUUUUCAGGUCAGACUCCAUCACAACCAUCAGUGUCUUGAAGGACAUCAUUUCAAAAGAGGCAACAGGCAAAAAGAUCCAGGUCUCGAUGAAUGUUGAUGUCAAAGAGGAGACUUUUGCGCAUUUCUUGGAGUUGGUCCACCCCAAGCUGAACUAUCAGCAUGCGUUGACUCAACAGGUUCGCAUGGUUGAACCUCUGCGUGAGGUGCAGCUUCAAGAGGGUGAGACCAAAUUCCUCCACCCAGAGCUGCAAUCAGUCCUUGACCAAGCCUCAGACAUUCAGCAACAGUUUGAGUUGCAACCGCAGAAGCUGGCGUUCUUGCACAACAUGGUCAUUUCGGCUUAUCGGCACAAAUGGCGUCUUCGUGGCUAUCAAAGUGUGGAUCAUCGUAUUAAGGACUUGCAGAAGCUCUUAGAGUCCUACAACCUGGAAUCUGUUUCUGCUUUUUUCAGCGAGUCCAUUGAUUAGAUGGCUGCGGGUCCAAACCCCCCCCUUUUCAGAGAUUCUGAACCU